GGGCGCCCCCUCCUUUGUCGCCACAGACAGCGCAUGCGCUCACUUGGUUUCUAAUUUGCUUGGCUCUUGUGCGUCCUCCUCUAGCUCCCGGUUGUGCUUCCGGCGCGAAGGUCAGGGACAAAAUGGUGCCGCCGGUGCAGGUCUCUCCGCUCAUCAAGCUGGGCCGCUACUCCGCCCUGUUCCUCGGCGUGGCCUACGGAGCCAAGCGCUACAGUUAUCUAAAACCUCGGGCAGAAGAGGAGCGGAGGAUAGCAGCAGAGGAGAAGAAGAAGCAGGAUGAACUGAAACGGAUCGAGAGAGAGCUGGCAGAAGCCCGAGAUGACAGCAUAUUAAAGUGAGAGGUUCUACGAGCCUGCUCGUCUCCAGACCAGUAGUGGAUGAAUAAAGCUUUCUGUGUUGUGCGAUGCCCUGGCUCCCUCUUAUUUACUGUUGCUGGUUGUCUAAUUCUGGGACUCAAAUUCCGUGGUUGUACUCUGCGUCUCCUCUCCAGUUCACAUGGGGUGGUGGGUUUGCGGGGGGCAGGUUUCAGCAGGCCUCUGCCCCUGUUUCUCCCCCUCUAAAAUAAUAAAAGCAUUCUGAGACCUUGAGAAGUCAGA